AUGGAUACCUGGUCCAGGCAAGAAGCCGUGGGCGAAGGAUUGACUGCUACAUCGCCGACGAAAUCCGAGGAUCUCUUGGCAGAGUUGCCUCCCGAACUUCUCCAGGGAGCCCCUCUCCACCUCUUGAUGCGCCGGAGGGGCGCUUUCAUGAAGCCUCCCAACAAAUGCCGCCAAUGUGUUUCAACACAGCAGACCGAUUGCUAUGCCUACUUUGUCAGCCACGACUGGGCAACAAAUCGCUGGUUGAAGUAUUUCUCCUUGCUGGUGCACUUCAAUGGCGUCCCUGCCGCUGUUGCUGCCCUCAUUGCCGGCAUCGGUCUAGGUUUGCUGAUUACCCUGGGCCUUGUGCCACAUUCCUCAUGGAUGCCUUUCCUCGCGCAUUUACUGCCCGUGUUGGUGUUACUCUUCUGGCAAGACAUCCGUCGAGUCGUUUUCCAGGCACGCAUGGUUUUCUUGGACUGCGCAUGCAUUCCUCAAGGUGACGAUGCCUUGAAGGCGCAGUGCAUACGCGGUCUGGUUUCCUUCCUGAACCGAUCAGAAAAGCUGAUUGUGUUGUGGUCGCCCCGAUACUUCCGCAGAAUUUGGUGUGCAUAUGAAGUGGCUUUCUUCUUGCAAAAGAACCAGGCAGAGCAGAUCAUUUUUGUUCCGGUCCAACUCGCAAGCAUUUGGUUCCUGAACUAUCUGCUGGCGCUACUUACGCGGACUACCCUGUACUUCAGCGAAGCCAUUGACAUCUAUGGCCAGUCCGUUGCUGCUUACAUCGGUCUUGUUGGUGGUGUGCUGUUGCUCCAACAGCUAACAAUUUGGCCAGCAGUGUACUAUGCCGUGACGAACUUGCUGCAGGACGUAGAGGAGCUUCCUCAGCAACUGAAGCAGUUUAACGUUGAUGAUGCUGGAUGCUCAUGCUGCACCAACCAUCACCGCGAUCCCGUGACAGGAGAGCCAGUCCCAUGUGAUCGGAAGCUCAUCUACGAGGUGUUGGAGAGAUGGUUCGGGCCUGGGCAAGGUACCGAGGACGCGCUUGCCCGCUUCAACACGCACAUGCGGGAAAGCUUGGUUAUGCAGGUGGAGCAAACAUCCCGGCCCGAGAUUCUCAUCCUCAAGCAUGGGGUUGUUGCCAACUGUGCCGCCUGCUUCCCGUAUCUCUCUGCCGACAUCGUCAUGACGUGUGACCGAAUCAACAGGCAGACGCGCGGAGUUUUGCUCUAUCCCGCUGGGCAGCUCUACAUCUUCUUGGUGGUUCUUUGCGGAAUGCGCGUCAUGGUGCUGAUUGGCCAGUUUGGGCAACACAGUGCUUGCCGCCACCGCGCAGGGACGAUUGCCGGCCAGGUGGCCCUCCAUGCCGCCUACUCGUUUGGUAUGAUGUUGCUCUGGACGUCCUGGGCCGCAGUGAUUGAUGAGUACAGCUACAUGCCUCUAUCAGCCCUCUGCAUCCUUCUUUGUUUCUCAGCCUAUGUGCUGGCUCCUCUGUGCCGGGGCUCUUGUGGCUCAUGCCUCACCGCAGACAGGGCAAGGAAAAUGGCGAGCAGAGGAGAAAGCGUUGGGCUGGAGCACGUCGUGGCUGGUGUCAAGGGGUGUGACAAUGUUUACAGCGAGGAGCACGUCAUGGCUGGUCCUGACAGGCAAGUCAAGGAGUGUGAGUGUGACAAGGUUUACAACGAGGACCUGGUUGAGGUUAUUGUGUAA